UGGGCGCUCGCUUGGGCCGGCCGUGGGCGCGGGGCUCCGGGGUUCGGGGCUCGCCCCCGCUCCGGGCAGGCGCGCCUAUGGCCUUCCUCAGGUGACGCUGAGCUCCCCGACUUUCUCCGGGGGCGGAGGAAACACCCAUGAUCCCUUCGGCGACCUUAUUCGCCGGGCGCCAGAACAUCGGGUCUGAAGUUGAGAUUUCCACUAUUGAGAAACAGCGGAAAGAGCUGCAGCUGCUCAUUGGAGAAUUAAAAGAUCGCGAUAAAGAGCUCAAUGACAUGGUUGCAGUACAUCAGAGACAACUUCUUUCAUGGGAAGAGGAUCGGCAGAAAGUGUUGACUUUGGAAGAACGUUGCAGCAAAUUAGAGGGUGAACUACAUAAAAGAACUGAAAUAAUCAGGUCACUCACGAAGAAGGUAAAAACUCUUGAAUCUAAUCAAACUGAAUACCAAGUGGCUCUUCAGAAGACUCAACUGCAGCUUCAGGAAAUGGCUCAAAAGGCAACCCAUUCCUCUCUCCUUUCUGAAGACCUUGAGGCUAGAAAUGAAAAUCUCAGCAACACAUUGGUGGAGCUUUCUGCCCAGGUAGGACAGCUACAAGCGCGAGAACAGGCUCUCACUACGAUGAUUAAGCUAAAGGACAAAGAUAUUAUCGAGGCCGUCAAUCACAUUUCAGACUGCUCAGGAAAAUUUAAAUUGUUAGAGCAUGCCCUGCGUGACGCUAAGAUGGUGGAGACUUGUAUCGUGAAGGAAAAACAAGAUUACAAGCAGAAAUUGAAGGCACUUAAAGUUGAAGUCAAUAAACUAAAAGAGGAUCUAAAUGAAAAGACAACAGAAAAUAAUGAACAACGAGAAGAGAUCAUUCGCCUCAAGCAAGAGAAAAGUUGCCUGCAUGAUGAAUUGGUUUUUACUGCAGAGAGAGAAAAAAGGAAAGAUGAGUUACUUGAUAUUGCCAAGUCAAAGCAAGAACGUACAGACGCAGAACUGCAUAAUCUGAGACAGAUUUAUGUAAAACAACAGAGUGAUCUUCAGUUUCUUAAUUUUAAUGUGGAAAAUUCUCAGGAAUUAAUACAGAUAUAUGACUCAAAGAUGGAGGAAUCAAAGGUUCUGGAAUCCAGCAGGGACAUGUGUUUGUCAGACCUUGAGAAUAACCACCUAAAAGUCAAUAUUAAGAGGGAGAAAAAUCAGAAGUCACUGGUUAAAGACCCAAAAUUUGAGACCAUGUUGGUUCAGCAAAAUAGGUCAGACAAGAGUCCUUGUGAUGCGUGCCAUGAGAAGAGACUACAGGCUAAUACUUCAUUUGGGGAGAAAAGUGUAAUUGCUGUCUCAUCUCUAUUUACAAAAGACUUCCUGGAGAAGCAAAAGUCUUGGUCUCUAGGAGGAAAAAUGCAGAUGGAAGCUGAAAACAAAAGUACAUUUUGCAAGAUUCAUGCAAAGUCACUAAAAGGGACCAGGAGCGGGAUUCAGAAUGAAGGGAAACAACUGUCAGAAACAUCAGCGUCCUUCUCUGAUGAGAAACAGUGGCAUGAUGUCAACGUGUACCUGGGCCUGGCCAACUGCUCUGGGGCAAAACAGCCAGAGAAGCUGGACGUUGAAUGUCAAGACGAUGUGGAAAGGUCUGGAGUCUCCUGUUGCCAUAAAAAUGAAGCCUGUCUGGGGGAAAGUGACAUAUGUGAAUCCAAGUGCUGCCACCCGAGUAACUUCAUCAUCGAGGCCCCAGGCCACAUGUCUGACAUGGAAUGGAUGAGCAUUUUCAAGCCUUCCAAAGUGCAAAGAAUCGUUCGCCACAAAUCCGUGUGUACUUGUGCAGAAAGUGCCAGUGGACGGAAAUACAACUCCUCCACGAGUGAGCUAAUCGCCAUCCAGCAUUCCCACUGUCUGGGUUCUCCGAAAUCUGCAACAAGAGAAGAUGAGAAAUCGAUAGAGACAGAGCCUUCUCCUGAUACCAAGAACUCACCUAAGAUUUUGUUGUUCAACAAAGAGGCACCGUUGUCCAGUGAUAAGGAUGACUUUUCGCCCACAAGCAAGCUUCAGCGUUUGCUGGCAGAGUCUCGCCAGAUGGUUACGGACCUGGAGUUGAGCACCCUGCUCCCCAUCAGCUCUGAGAGUUUCAACAGCAGUGCCAAAAAUAACUUAGAAGUCUCAGAAGAGUCAGCUCAAAAAAAUACCGUCCUUACUAACUGAGAAAACAAAAGUCAACUUCAGUAUUCACUGUGAUCAUAGAAGCCGAUUUUCCAACUUUGGAAGGCAGGAAGCAGACAUCAAUACCUAAUGCUUAACCUUGAAACAAAAGAGGAUUGUAAUCCUUUGUAAGCAACAUUUAAUACCAAAGGGAAGCGGAAACCGAAAGUUAGUUUUUCAACAUCUGUAUUUUAUUGGUUUUCAAGUUGACCGUUUUCAUGUUGAAGAAAUAUUGCUUUAUGUUAAGCAGUUAGACCUUAUUGUGUAUUGUCUGUAUACACUUGGAAUUCUGCUCAGAGAGAAAAAGAUGCAGACUAGAAUUAAGUACUAGAGAAGCUCUUUAAAAGUGUGAGCAUCCAGGCGAGAACCCCUGCGUAUAAAGUGCUAUUUCCACUCUCUGAUUUAAAAAAAGAAAAAAAAAGAAAACCCUGUGCUUGCAUUUAAAUUACAACCAACGGAGACAGCUGCAAAUAUUCUGAGAACUAGUAGCCUUUUCAUUUGUGGCUUUUGCUCUGGACUUCGCUGUGUAAAAUAUGAUAGAAUAUAUUUUUAACUGGAAAGUAUCUCCUCAGGUACUGACAGUUGAGGCCCUUCUGUCCCAAAGCUGAACAGUAGGAGAGUUCCCGUCUACUUAGACAAACAAAAGCUCGCUGGAAGAUCAAGUUUUACGUGCGGUAUUUUUUUUUUU